CUGUUACUUUGGGUCAUUAAACACUAUCAGAGGGAUCUGGAGGCAGAUUUCUCGAGCGAUAACAAAGACACGUUGUCACUUUAGGGCUCUGCCACAAAUCCUUAAUUGCCCCCAAAAAAAUUUAAAAAAAAAAAAAAAGGAGGGGGGAAUCCAGUGUCUUGCACAUCCAAGGCGAGGGUCUCUAGGCGGUAAGGGGUCCUUUGAUCAAGAAAAUCCAAUUAUUUGUGUAUAUACAUUUCCCACAUAGUGAUUACUUCAUUAAUUGUCCCGCCUUUAUCUCCUCCCUUCCCAUCCCCCCUAAUAAUCAGUUCUUUUAUCCAGACCAACAAACACACCAUAGGAGCUUUGUGGAUUCAAAGGAUUUGCUUUCGCUUCUGAAAGAGCCGCUAUUCUUUGAUGAUUGGGUAGCGGCAAACUUCAAAGCCAUAAAUCUUCCCUCUGACUGGUUGGCGGCCCAGCAAAGUCCUUAUCAAAUUCUUGGAGGUGAUCCUGGCGCAGUCAGACAGUCCGCGGAGAUCGCGCAGUGCGGGGGGGUGGGACGCGCACGGAGGCGAAGAGAUCAGAAGAAACGGGAGAGAAGAGGGGGAGAGAGAAGGAAACUGGGCAGCUUCUCAUCUUCCCCUCGGCGUCCUCAUGCCUCGGCAGUGCCCCGGCGCCUUCCCCUCGCCCCGGGCGCAGUAGCCAUGGCCGCGGUGGCUGUCCUCCGGAACGACUCCCUCCAGGCUUUCCUCCAGGACCGCACACCCAGCGCCUCCCCAGACUUGGCCAAGCACUCGCCCCUGGCUCUUCUGGCCGCUACCUGUAGCCGGAUCGGACAGCCGGGCGCAGCGCCCUCGGACUUCCUGCCGGUCUCCUACGACCCGACGCUGGGAUCUCCCUCCAGGAUCUUCCAUCCGUGGAGCGGCGAGAUGCCGGCGCACUCCCCGGGGGGGCUGCCGCCGCCGCACCCCAGCCUGGGACUGACCCCUCAGAAGAACCACCUGCAGCCCUCCUUCGGGGGGUCACACGAACUGCCCCUCACUCCCCCGGCGGACCCGUCCUACCCUUACGAGUUCUCCCCCGUCAAGAUGCUGCCCUCGUCCAUGGCCGCCCUGCCGUCCAGCUGCCCGCCCGCCUACGUCCCCUACGCCGCUCAGGCCGCCCUACCGCCCGGGUACUCCAACCUCCUGCCGCCCGCCCAGCCCUGCCGGCAGCUGUCACCCAACCCGCCGCCCGAGGACAUCCCCUGGUGGAGCAUCCAGCAGGCAGGUGCCCCGGGCGGCUGUGGCCACCGCUUCCCCGCGGCCGCGGCGCUGCCACGGAGCCUGGUGCUGGGACACUCGGACUUCGCCCAGUACCAGACGCAGAUCGCCGCCCUGCUGCAGACCAAGUCUCCCCUGGCGGCCACGGCCAGGAGGUGCCGCCGCUGCCGCUGCCCCAACUGCCAGUCGGCCGCGGGCAGCGCCCCGGAGGCGGAGCCGGGCAAGAAGAAGCAGCACAUCUGCCACAUCCCCGGCUGCGGAAAGGUGUACGGCAAGACCUCGCACCUGAAGGCGCACCUGCGCUGGCACACGGGCGAGCGGCCCUUCGUCUGCAACUGGCUCUUCUGCGGGAAGAGCUUCACCCGCUCCGACGAGCUGCAGCGGCACCUGCGGACUCACACGGGCGAGAAGCGCUUCGUCUGCCCCGAGUGCGGGAAGCGCUUCAUGCGCAGCGACCACCUGGCCAAGCACGUCAAGACCCAUCAGAACAAGAAGCUCAAGGCGGCGGCGGACGGCGUCAAGCGGGAGGACAGCCGCGACCUGUGACCGCCGGCAUCGGCCCGGGACCACCGGCGGCCGCCGCCCCUACGGGCCGAGCCGAGGGGCGGCGGUACCCGGGCUGAGGGCGCUCCGCCACCGGGGGCAGGGCGGCGGCGGGGAGGGUGGCCGGUUCUCGGACUCUUGUCGGGCCCGGCGAGCAGGAGCUCGGCUGCGGGCGGCCUCCGCGGACCCUCAGGCCCGGGACUGGCCGCUCGUAGGGCCCCGGCUCUGUCCCGGGACAGGUGCCCGGCCUGCCCGGAGUGCGGCUGAGCGGAGGCUGCGGGCACUGGGGCGAGAGCGGGGCCGGCCUGGCCCGGCCGCGGGGGUCGAGGCUUAGGGGCACCCGGGGGUGAGGUGGCAGCGUCGGUGUGACCCCACCAGGGCCCGGCCCUCGGUGCUUUCAGGGUAAAAGACUGAAGUUUUGUGUACAGGUUAUUUAAUAGUUAUGUUUGAAUACACGUGUUCCCUUCCGUCCUCGGCCCCGCGCGGGGACCCGCAUGAGAUGUUUCUGUAAAGCGACCCGCGACCGCAGCGUGAAAUAAACACGUUCACACCAGGGUCAGCAGGGACGGUCCCGCCGCGUCGGUCUCGUUUGAUCCUCCCCCGGGCCCCUUCCCGCCAUUUCCCGCGGGGGCGGCGGGGCGGCUCCGGCUCCAUCGUGGCGGCCUAGCCGAGCCCAGCGCACUGUGAGCUGAGAGCUGCUCGUGGUAAACACCUUUGCAAAUCCCCAUAGCUGCCUCGGACCGGCUUCGGUUUGGUGGGUUUGGGGUUUUUUUAAUUAUUGUCACUAUUUUGUUUCCUACGCAUGACGCUAAAUGAGAGAAGAAAGAAAUGCAUGGUGGGUGUGAAUAUACAGGUCAUGUUCUACAGACUGACAGAGGUGGGCAGCGGGCAGUGUCACUGCACAUCGUGUGCAUUGUGGCCUCUUCUUAGAGAUGUCUAGGCCACAGGGCCAGUCACAAGCAGCCAUUCCUGGCCUGAAGUAAUCUGUGGCACAGCAUGGCCAAAAAUGUUAACUUUCCAUAAAACUGCAGAAUAUAAGGGUGAGAUAUUUGUUAUCCUGCUAAUAGGAUGAAGUGGCAGUGACUGUCUUGCAGAGGGGCAGAAACUUGGCCCAAAACUGUUUAUAAGUACCUGUUAGAUGGUGACAGCUUUUAGGGUUCCUUAUCUCUCACUGGGCAUCACGUAAGUAUGAGUUUAGGCAUAUUUAUUUUCCAGUAAUGACUUUUCUACUGCAAGGAGUUUCCUGUUUAUUUUUUUUAACUGAAAUCUGUGUAGCCAAACAAAUGAGCAGCCUGAUCAGUAAUUUGCUAAACUUUGCAUUUUAACAGAGAAUAUGUUAAUUGCUUGUCAUAUUUUUACAAAGUCGGCUUAAUUUUCUGAUUACCUAAUGACACAGUGAAGUAAAAAGUGCCUUUGAAACUUCACCAGGGCUAAUCUGGAACCGUUCAGCUUCAGGUGAGAUCCUCUGGUGGCAAUUGUCAAACAAGCUUUGGCAUAACCCCACUGAUAGAGAUACCCUUGGCCAUGGAUUUCUGAAUCAAGAAAAAACACAGCUCAGUAAAUGUUUGUGAUGACAGGAUGUGUAAAACUGAUGAGUUUGUAUGUAUGUCAAAUACUGCCAAGAAUCUAUUCUCUCAGGGAAUAAUGAGAUGAGACAAUACCAAAAAAACCCUCAUAUCUGAAAUAAUGGGAAGUUAAUGGACAGUUACCAUGGUACAGCUCAUUAACAAUAUUUUAAUGUUUAUGAUUUUAAAUGAAUUUCCCACACCAUAUUCUUAGGGUCAACUUACUAAAUUAAGAACCAAGCAAUUAUCUUCUUUACUAUUGAAGAAUCUUCUAUAAUCUGUCCUUUAUAGAAAACCUUGUGAUAAAUAUGUUUAGCUUCAUUAGUUAGCAUUCCUUUGCCAAAGAUUUAGGCUCUAGAAGUGUGUUGUUGAGGGAUAUUAAGUAGAAGAUACCUUUAGUGUUCCAGAUUGAGCGACAGCAAGGCAGGAAAUAACUAAUGGAACUGAUCCAAAAGCCCUUAGUCAAAAAAGUCUUUGAGACAAAAGCACAUCCCAUUUGCUACUGAUGUAGGAUUUAAGUAUUUCAUCAAGAAUAACUAUGUUUCUGCUUUUUAAAAUGUUUCAUGGCAUACAGUGGCAACCUACUUCCUUUCUUUGAUAUUAAGUUACAUUAAGACUGUAGAGUUAGAGAAUUUAGGACUUUAAAUGAGAGUUUUUUUCACUAAGUAGUCGUUCCAUUCCCUGUUUGGAUUGGAACUACUUAAAAUGGACAGUAAUGGAAAGAGCCUUUAUUGGUGGCAGUACAGAAGAAAUAACAGAGUAGGAAAGGUGUCUUACAGGAUAGAAUAAUUGCCACGUGGUAAUGCCCUUUCACUGAUAAGUAAGUGCCAAGAUCAAGAUGAAGUACUAGCUGAGCUGAAGCAAUGUAUUAGAUGGUUUAGCCUGACUAAGAACUAGAGAACUGCUCCUCUUAGAGCAGGUGUAACUAGCAGAAAAUAGCCUGGUAAUUGUAGAUGUGAUGAUUUCUAAGCUGGACUGUUAUGGAAAGAUUUUUCUCCAGUUGGAAGACAGACUGAUUUUACCCAGCAUAUAAGUCAUCUGGUCUAGCCAGGCUAUUUUAGGUUCUUAUUCAUUUUGCAAGACACAACUUGUACUGAAAUCCUGAAAGUUUUACUACUCACUUAAGUUUAAGCCUGCAAGUAAUUCGGGUUUUAAGCAGAAGACCAUUGUCCAGGUAGUGCCAACACCAUGUCAAGGGGGUGGUGGUGGUAUCUGAUUAAAAAAAAAAAAAAAAAAAAAAAAAGUCAGUGGCAUUGUUGUAGCCUAUGCACCUUGUAUAUCUGUGUAAUGACCAAAUUAUAGCAUGAAAGUGCUGAAAGUGCACAGGUUAAAAAUACGUAUGGUCAAAAUUAGUUAAAAACCUGUCAUGAGAGAUGCAUUAAGUGAAAGCCCAUAGUGUCAAAUACUAAUGAAAAGUCUUAAUCUGUGAGAAUAGCACACACCAAAAAAAAAUAGGCAGAAAAUUAGUGGCUUAAGACACAAGAUAAGUAAAAGUAAAAGUUUAGAAUAUAAAAAAAAUACUUAAGGAAGCAUUAUUUCUCCAUAAAGCUCUUAAAUAGUUCAUUGGAAAAAGAGGGUAUAUCCAUCAUAGCUGUUUCAUAUUCAUCUGUAAUAGCUAACUGCUAUGAUAGCUUUUCAAUUGAAAUCAUUAAACCUUUUUAGUAGUAUGGCAUUUAAAUAUACAUGUGACCUUUCAGAUGUAUGGGUAGAGCAUUACAAAAAUAUAUUGCUUGCAUCUCAAGAAUUUAUUUCUA